AGCUCACAGCUGAUUGUGAAGUGUCAAAUGCAAUAAAAGUAGCGCGAGAUUUAGAAAUACCACAAAAUAAGUUACAGCAAUAAUAAAUGUGUGUUGAUUUAAACUAGAUAUAUAAAUAAUAAACAUAGGUACUAAUUCCCUAUAACUCAUUCCUUUUAAUAUAAAUAUUUAAUUGUAAUAUUAUGUAACAUAGGGUUUAAGGUUAUACAAUAUUCCAAAAUAAGACGAUUUAUUACUAAAAGCUAUGUCCGAAAACAACAACAGUGAUAAUAAGAAAUCGGAGAAUAAUAAUGAGGAGUUGCAGAGCAAUGAAAGUGAAUCAAUACAAAAAGAACCAGAAGAUAAGUGGUUGAUAAGAGAAUGUGACCUUUAUAAAGACGAAUAUAAAGAAUGUACAAGCUUCAGAGGAAGGUUCCAUCAGUAUUUUAUAUUCGGCGAGACACUGGAUUGUAACCAGUGGAAAAAGGACUAUGAUAACUGUUGUAAAUGGGAAAGCUCACAUGAUAUGAAAGCUGCGGAGGCUCUUAUUAACAGUGAGAAAGCGAGGCGAAUGGAGAGGUUAAGAGCACAUUAUAGAAACGAUAUAUGGAAGAAACGGGACUCCCCACCGGAAGACUGGGAUAAGCCGCUACCAGAGUGGAUGGUUAAGAGGGAUGAAAACACACUCCUAGCAGUUAAAGCAAUUGAAUUAAGAGAAGGAAAACUAGAAGAGGAGAAGAGCUUUUGUUCUAUAAUGUGACUUAGAAUGUAAUGUUAAUAUAGUAUUGUUAAUUUAUGUGA